GCAGUGGGAACGGGGCGAGGUUUGUCUUGUGAGGUUUCCGGUGUAAACAAACGCAGACAUUUAAAUCCUCCGCUGUCAGAGAGACGCCUCCGUUGGACGCUGAGAGAUGCAGAAUGUCUGUAAAAGGAGCAACAGCGCAAUCUUCAGCCGAGAUAGAGCAUCCAACUUGAUCCCUGGUGACCAGGAUCCACUUCAGCAGAACUUUACAGAGACCCUUCCUACAGAGAUGAGUGUUAAGAUCUUCAGUGAGCUGGACGUCAGGAGUUUGUGCCGGGCCUCGCUCACCUGCAGACUCUGGAAUGAUAUAAUCGAGGGCAGCGAUCAGCUGUGGAGGAGCCACUGUCUUACAGUGCUGGCUAUCUGCCAAAGGGAUGUGGAUGGGGACAAGCUUGCUGGGUGUUCAUGGAAGGUUACUCUUGUGCGUAACUACAGGAAAGGCUGUGUAAAGCGGAGGUGGCUGAAGGGCCGAUACAGUAACAUCCGCUCUGCUGACGAAAUCCCGCCUAACAGCAUGUGUCCACUGGACGUGGAGACAUGGGGAGAGAUACUAGAGGCAGAACUAGAUAGAUAGAGCAGAGAGAGGCUUUUGGGAUCCUGCCAACGGACUGAAAUAUAUCAGCUGCGUCUACAAUGGAAGCACUAAGACUGAAACAUUUGCUGGGCAAAUAAUUUUAUAAUCGGUAUUGCAAAAAAGCACAAAGAGUGUGGCGGCCAGAAUACAUGAUAAUGUGGCUUUUGUUAGCAAACAUUUUAGUUGUAUUACCUUAAUUUUGCUUGAGACUGUUAUGGAAAAUAAGAUUUUAUAGGUUUCAUAUGAUGGAAUCAUUUUAUAGAUGGAUGUUUUCUUCCCUCUUUUUGUAUAGAUCAACAAAACUGUGCACAUUUGGAUUUAAGUAUUGAUUUUUGUUAAUUUAUUUGAUUUUUAGAGUCACUGCCAAAAAGUGUUUUGCCUUAAAUCAUGCAACUAAUAUUAUAUCAAAGCUAAUAUAUAUUAAUGAAUAUUAUGUGUCCUAAUGCUAUACUUCCCUCUUCAGUGCUGGCCUCUUCAUCCAUUUCUGCUGCUAUCUGUAAUAUGCAAAUAUCUUUAUAAUCACAGAAUCAUUUAAAACAAUAUAGAAAAAUUUUUACAUUAAAAAACACAGUUUUUGCAGUGUAAGAUUCAUACAUAACAGCAUUCAUAUAGAAACCAGUAUGUAUGAACCAGCACUGUGGAAAUGAAAAGCCUAUUUCAUUUUUUAAAAUGAAACAAUACAGUGUCUUAUCUCCGCAUACCGAAUUACAGUCAGAACUGUAGGUGAAGAGAGAAAGGGAGAAAAAAGUGAAUCCAGACCGAAACAUGAGCUGAGAUAUUUGAGAUGAAAAGAGAUAUUUUAAACAAUAUGUAGUUGAAGGUGGAGUUAGACACAUCCAAUGUAGCAAAAUGCAAAACAACAACAACAAAAACUAAUUUUCUCAUCCAUUCACUGCAAAUGAUCCACUGGUGAGCAAGUGAUGUAAUGCUAAAUUUCUCCAAAUUUGUCCUAAUAAAGAAACAAACUCUUAUACAUCUUG